AUGUGUACUAGUACUCCAAAAAGUUGCACUCUACCGGCUCAGAAUGUUCUUUGUAUUGAACCCAAUUCUGGAUGUAGAUCCAUCGAGCUGAAAACAGGAUGGAGAAAAUGGGAAAAACGAACUGCCGUUUUGGUUCGAGGCGAUGAGAAUAGCGAAUCAAAACUACACAUUUACACGUAUUUCCUGAAAGGAAUUGGUGCAGGGUUGAGUAGACAAAGACUAGAAUGA